AAUAUCGGGAUCAGCAUAUUCGCUAUCAGCACCUCAAGAAGUAAACAUACAAGAAUGGAAAGUUCUCUGUCGUUUCUCCAAGUGAAUCCUGCCUGCCUCAUUCUCCUUGUACUGGGAAUUUCGCUGGUGGAUUUUAUGGUCAACAAUUGGUCCUGCCCAGAGGAAGAUUCAUCCUGGCAUCCUUCAACUUCUACUGUUUCCGCCAAAAAGAACAAAAAGUGCGGGAACGAGACUCCUUUGGUCAGAAAUUAUGGAUUGCGACAUCGCGCUAAGCUUCUGGCUAGCGUAAAACGUCGGCUCGAUAAUCAGUUUUAAGAUAACCAUGUUGUAGAUAUAAGAAAUAAGCAAUAAGAUGUAUCAAAUAUGACAAUAAAAAAAUUAAUUCACGAUAU